AUGGAUUGUGAGAUUGGAGACGAUUUUGACCAGAACAGAGAUCCGCGCGCGGAAAUGGUUUACGACGAUGGUGGAGGUCGACAAGACGGACGAGACCGGGAACAAGAUCACGCGGAAGUUGGAUCACGUGAUCCUGACCUCCAUCUGCUCGAAGAAGUGUUUCUUAAUGGUGUUCAUUGA